UUGAAGUGUGAGGGGGGAGCUGUCAGCGAGACCCUCACAUGAAGCUCGUUGAGUUUUGGAAGAGAAGCACGUCUGCGCUCUCUGCUCUGAGGUCGGAGCUCCUUCACUCUGCAGGAUGCCUGGAAACAUCAAAUCAGCGUCCGUGGUCUUGGUGGCUUUGUUGUGUCUGGUGUUUUGUAGUGGGUUAACCAGAGUGACCGCAGCACCCCUCUGUACCAAUGCAGAGGCUGGCUGUCAUGUCCUCUCCCUGGCCAACCUGUUUGACCGGGUCAUCCAACAUUCAGCCAGGAUGCACGGCAUUUCUAACGACCUUCACUCCGAGUUUGAGCUUUACUUCCUGCCCAGUAAGAAUCAGAUUGGCCGGGUCAGUCGCAACUGUCACACCUCUACCAUCCUUACCCCAAAUGGCAAGGAGAACGCUCAGAGAAUGGCGAGGGAGGAGCUGACGGAGGUGAUUCUAAAACUGCUGGUGGCAUGGAGGGAUCCUCUGUGGCAUUUCCACCAGAGCAUGGCUCACUACCACGACUUCAACGACUUCAGCUCCAAUAAAUCUCUGAAAAUGAGCGACAUGGUGCACGAGCUGCGCAACGGAGUACAGAGAGUGGUAGAGAAGAUGCAGAUGCUGGGAAUACUGAGUAACUCUGUCAGCAGCCUCUCUUCUCCUGAGGCUUUCUUGACGUCAGACAGUGCUGAGUGGCGCCUGAUGAAGGACUAUGAGCUUCUCUACUGCUUUCGCCGAGACUCUAACAAGGUCCAAAACUACCUGAAGAUCCUUAAGUGUCGCAUUGUUCCAGAGGAUGGAUGCUAAAAGCCAAACAUGUUUCUUUGGUUAGAAAUUAUGUUGAUAAAUUUGAUGUUUUUGUUUUCAAUUUGUAGAGUAUCAGAUACAGAUUUUCAUUCCUAUCAUGACUGGAGCCUGUUAUGAUAUUGUCCAUCCUCAGCAAAUGUUAGAUGAGUGA